UGUUAUCUUUAUCAUUACAGAACGAACAAACCGUUCAACCCACUGCUUGGUGAAACGUAUGAAUGUGAUCGCAUGUCAGAUCUGGGCUGGCGUUCGAUAUCUGAACAGGUGUCGCAUCACCCGCCCAUGGUGGCGCAGUUCACCGAGGGCCAGGCCGGCUGGCAAUGUUGGCAGGAGUUCACCAUGACCACCAAGUUCAGGGGCAAAUACCUGCAAAUCAUACCGCUGGGUGGCGCGUCCGCCAUGUUCGUUAGCUCCGGCAACAAAUACACCUGGAGGAAGGUAACGACGACGGUGCACAAUAUAAUUGUGGGGAAGCUGUGGGUGGACAAUCACGGAGACAUGGACAUCGUGGGCGAGGCGGGGCCCGCCGCGGGGUAUGUGGCGCAUCUUAAGUACCUGCCCUACGGGUACUUCAGCAAGGAUACGCAGAGGAAGGUCACCGGCGUCGUCAAGGACCCGCAGGGUGUGCCGCGCUACGUGUUGCAGGGCCACUGGGACAGCCGCGUGGAGGUGGCGCCCGUGACCAGCACGUCGCCCGACAACACCGUGUGCAAGACGGGCAAGUUCACGGUGGCGUGGGAGCGCGUCCCCGCCCCGCCCGACUCCGACAAGUGGUACAACUUCACGCUCCUCGCCGCGCAGCUCAACGAGCCCGAGCCCGGCGUCGCGCCCACCGACUCGCGUCUGCGGCCCGACCAGCGCCUCAUGGAGGAGGGGCUGUGGGACGAGGCCAACGCGGAGAAGCUGCGGCUCGAGGGAGAAGCAGCUGGCGCGCGGCGGCAGCUGGAGAGCGGCGGCAGGCGGCGGCGGCGCGCGGCGCGGCGGCCCCGCACGGGCCCGCGCCGCUCUGGUUCACGCGCGACGCGCGCACCGCGCUCCUCCGCGCACCCGCAGCUGCGCCACGUCUACAACCACCGCUACUGGGACUGCAAGCGGCGCCAGGACUGGACGGGCUGCCCGGACAUUUUCUAGCCGCCGCCCGCCGACCGCGGGCCCCGUGUUCCGCUUACGGUUCGCGACGCCGGUCUCGCGUUUUAAUUCUCUCAUUCCACGAUGACCGAGAUCGUACAGCGGUGAGUCGACGUUGUUCCGUAUGGUUCCACCGUCGACGUGUACAUAUUUAUUUGUGGAUCGUCCGUCGCGUUCUCACAGUGUCGGCGAACCGUCGUGGCCUAAAGAUAGCUAAGUUUUAGUUUAACGCGUUCGAGUGCCGUAAUAGUUCGGUUGUUGAUCGUUCCGAUGCGAACGACCCGUCGACGGAUCGAUCGCCCGACCUCGGCGACGAGCUCGAACGGCUCGCUGUGACCUUACGGACUUUCUGACUCGCGUUUAAAAAUCACGAGCGCUUCUGUAGUCUCGAGAGAGUGAAAGAAAGUGUGUGUGUAUGGUUGAAGACUACGGGUGAGGUGUAGUGAUUUCGAUUUGAUCGCAUGAUAAAGCUUCCUUAUAAAAUAGUUUAUAUUACGAGCGCUGCGUGCCCGCCGGCGCGGACCACGUCGUGAACGGUGCCGGCCGCGGCUGACACGGAAUCAAUAUUGUGACAGGUGCUUCUAAUAAUCAGAUUUCAAUUUCAAUUUUGUCACGCUAUUAAUCUCUAAAAAUGAAAUAUAUAGUGGGCAUUAAAGGUAAGCCAUUUACGUCCCUUUAGGAGCUGUAAAGUCGUAAUGUAUCUUUAAUGCCUUGAAGUAGAGCAAUAGAGCGUUAUCUUGUAAGUGUUAUAAGUGAAGACAAGUCGGUAUCAGCCCGCGCUCGACUCGCACAGCACCCGCGCCCUGCGCUUGAUAUCCACUUGUACAGCUCUAGGAUAUUUUGUAAGGUCUAUUACAAAUUGUACAUUUUCAAAUGGAUGUAAGAUAAUUUGUUAAUAUUUUUAUUAUAAUAGAAUGAUAUUUGAAUACAAAGCCAUAACAUCUGUAUCAUGUUGAUUAUGAAAAUAAAAUAUAAUGUCACGGUA